AUGCGCACUCAGGCGCCGCCUUCGGGCGCUCACGGUGGGUCCUCGCGGAGGCGCGCCCUCUGGGGACCUCUUGUGCCGCGCACGUGCUGGGAGCUGCUCUCGUCCUGCACUUUCCAUCUGUGUUCUCGCGAGACCCAGGCGCCCUCUGGUGCCCUGGACGGGAACGCAGUGUCUGGAGCUUCACGCGCCGCACACGUGCGGGGAGGUGCCUCUUGCCCGCUCUGUGUUCUCGCGAGACCCACGCGCUCGGAAGCCUGGCAGCUCGGGCUCCUACUGAUUCUCUUCAAUCUCGAGCUGGGCAGCCCCAUCCAGAGCAAGAAGCUAUGUGGCAGGCACCUGCUGAAAGAAAUAGUGAAACUCUGUGGCCUCGAAGACUGGAGCCUGUUCGAGGGGCCACCCCUUCACUGGCAGCUGGUGCCCCGCGCCGUGGAGGCCGCGGGAGUCCUCUUCCCCACCGGGAUCCCACGUUCCCCAUUGCUGCCUCCAGGUAAAAUGAAGAUAUUUUUUUCUCCUUGUCUCUCAACAGCCUCUCCUGUCUCUGUGGAAGAAGCAACACAUGGUUUGAAGAUGCAGUCACUGCCUCAACAUCAGCAUCAGAAGGUCAACUCCUUACGUGAGGAGAUGAGGAAAUUUUACCCGUCACACACCCAUCCUUAUAUUCGUGAGACUGCCAAAUUUAAGAAGGAAAAUGCAAACAGAAUUAAAGCUUUAAGCAGUUCGUUUUGGGGGAGUCAUCCCCAAAGAAAGCGCAGAGGAUAUUCAGAAAAGUGUUGUCUGAAAGGAUGUACGAGAGAGGAACUUAGUAUCGCAUGCGCUCCAUACAUUGCUUAUAGAAAGAUAAAACCCGAACAGCAACUGUGA